AUGAAUAUCAACCAAGAUAAUAGGUUUGAUCGAGUUAGGGACGAGUUGUACAGAUCUUUAGGGAUGGCAUCGGACGAUAGUUUGUUGAAUGAAUACGAAUGGGUCGAUGUUGAUUCUCACGGCAGUUUCAAUAAUGAUAUGCACUUAGAUGAUGAUGAUGAUGAAGAAGUCGAUGGAGAAUAUCACGGAGAAGCUAACGAUGAUGAGGAGCAGAAUGAAUCCACUGAAGAGGAUGUGGUUGUAGGUCCAAUCUCUGGAAUGCGAUUUAGAGAUAAAGAUACUUUGUUUGCAUUCUACAAAGAACAUGCACGACUGAGAGGAUUCUCCAUCAUAAAAAGAAAUUCCAACAAGAAGGGUGGUGACACUGCCAGGUAUAUAACCUACUGUUGUGAUAGGACUAGGAUUCGCAAAAUCAAGUUUACCACCAAGAGUAACAAUUGUAAAGCUAGGCUAGCUGCUGUUUUGGAUGAUUCUGGUUGUUGGUGGGUCUCUAAGGUCGUUCACGAUCACAAUCAUGAUUUGCUCCCAUCCGUAUCGCGCUUGAUGGCUGGACAUAGGUCUGUUUGUGAUUCUUUGAAGAGGGAUCUUGUAGCUCACGAUCGGUAUGGCAUUAGACCCUCCAAGAAUAUUAGACUUGCUGAGGUUCAACGUGGUGGACCGCAAAAUUUGGGUUGCACUCCAAAGGAUUGUAGAAAUUAUAUUUUGAAGAGUAGGAACUUUGAAAUGCAAGAAGGGGACGCACAGUCGCUGCUCAACUUUUUUCGUGAAAUCCAGGUAAAGGAUAGGGAGUUUUUCUAUUCAAUCGACGUUGAUAAUAUUGGUAGGCUGCGAAAUGUGGUAUGGGUGCAUUCACACUGUAAGACAGCGUAUGAGCAAUUCCAUGAUGUGAUAUGCUUUGAUACGACGUACCUUGUGAAUCGAUAUAAUAUACCAUGUGCUUCAUUUGUUGGCAUCAAUCACCAUAGACAGUCCAUCUUACUAGGAUGUGCUCUCAUGUCUCAUGAAGAUAUCGAUAUUUACAAAUUAGUUUUUAGAACUUGGCUUGAUGCCAUGGAAAAUGUUCAUCCAGAUGCGAUCAUAACUGAUCAGUGUCAGAGCAUUAAGGUAGCCAUUGCUGAAGUGAUGCCAAAUACAAUAUAG